AUGAGUAUUUUCUCAGAGAUGAUCUGAAAAAAGGGAAGCAGAUUAGACAAUAAAAGUCAGCCUCUUCAGUGAAUUUCCCCGAUAAGAGGGAAACGGCUAGGGUUAUUCAUAAGAUGAAUAAUUAGAUGGUGGAAGGUUAUUUUUUGGAAAUGGUGCUACUUGGCAAUCGUUGCAGAACCAAGGUUUCAGACUGGGCUCAGAAUUACUGAGUUGGAAGCCACCUACAUUGCUUGUGCCACCACAGAGUGUCUUAAAACAUGUACAGAGUACUCUUUAUGGGAGAGAUAUAGCUAA